CCUGGAAACUGGCGGAAACUGUAGGAAGACACAAGAAAAAUGGCGGACGAAAGCGAGGAUCAGUGGUUGUACGGGGAUUCGACCGACAGCAAGGAGUAUACACCGACAAAUGUUCAAUCGGAGGUUCAGCAGAACGAUGACUCGACGCUCGCCGACGGUCAGGAAAACUCGAACACUCAAGAGGAUCAGAAGAUGGAAGGUGCAGGUCAAACUCCGUCCGAGAUGCAAGAGGCCGUCGAUUCCCUUGGUGGUGGCGACGAAGAAUCCUCCAUGAAUAAUGUGCAAGAAGAGAACACAGAUGCGAAUAAAAACGGAACGAGGGAAGCUUCUAGUCAGGAGGAUGGUGAAGCAGCCAGCGAAUCUGAUUCUGAUGACGAUGUGCAUGUUGUUAUUGGUGAUAUUAAAUCGACGCCGGCGUAUGGCAGUUUAAAUAUCAAGAGAGGAGGACUGCUGACCAACACGUCCGGUGUAUCGGACAAACUAAGUAAACAGCCAGGAAAGUUCAGUAUAGAUGAAUUCGAGACUAUUGGUGUCAUCAAUGGGAUACCAGCCCAUGAAUUCAAUUUAGAUCAAUUAGAAGAUAAACCAUGGAGGCAGCCUGGUGCAGACAUCACAGAUUACUUUAACUAUGGCUUCAAUGAAGAUACCUGGAGGGCAUACUGCGAACGUCAGAAGCGAAUGCGAAGCGAAUCUGGGGUGGGAUUAAUCUUGAAUGCAGGUGGCGGUGGUGGCAAUCCGAGCAGUAUGAGAAUGCCUCAGGUGGCGAUCACCAAUGACAACAGCAAAUACUCCGGCAUUAUGGGCCCCAAGAGGGCGGGCCCACCACCUGGCAGAAAAAUGGCAGGAACUAUAGAUGUUAUAGGAAGCUCCGGUUUAGCUUCCAGAAGAAAUUUGGAUAAAUCCCCACCGAAAGGAAACGUUAUACAAGUUAUGACUGCUGACAGAAGAGAGUACUCUAGAAAGCCAGGUUUUCCCGAUAUGAGCAUACCACCACCUGGCGCGGGAAUGCCGCCGCCACCGUUUGAUAUGCCUCCGCCGGGAUACGCUGGCGAACCGACGCCAUUCUACAUGCCGGAAACCGAUCCGUAUUACCAGAGUUAUGAACCAACGCAGGACAACCAGUGGGGUAAUGAUCCGACAUGGCAGCCGACAAAUCUAGCAAUUCCAAUGACCGAAGGUGAAGAUGACAAAGACAUGGGACCUAAAACAAUACCCACAAUGGUUCCACCGACAUCCAUUCCUCCUCUGAUGCAGGCGCGCGAUCAGAGAGACGGCAGGGACCGAGAUCGAGACAGGGAUAGAGAUCGAGACCGAGAAUUGGAUUCUAUGAGCAGAGAUAGGGACAAGGAUAGAGAUCGUGAUAGAGAGAAGGAUUCCAUGAUGAGAGAUCGCGAUAGAGAUAGGGAUUCUAUGACGCGAGAUGAGGACCGAGAGCGUGAUAGAUCCAGAUCUCAAUAUCGACAUAAAGAUCGACAUCGGCAUCGAUCAAGAUCUCGAUCUCGUAGACACAAGUCGAGAUCGCGAAGUCCGAGUCGACGUAAGAAGAAAUCUCGACGUUCGGAUAGAGAGCGUUCCAAGGAAGAAAGUGAAUAAAUAUGUGUACACGUAAAACCUAUAUUAAUAUACAGCGUCACAGGAUGUAUCAUAGAAUUUAAGCAAACAUUUUACAUAAUAUAAUAUUUCGAAAUAUACACAUCGGUAAAAUUAUUCAUAAUGCUAAUUGUAAAAUAUACAAUUAUAUUAAAUAUCAGAUGUAAGAAAGGAAAUGUACAAUGGUUCUUGUGGAAGUUACAAAUGAUAUAAUUUUUGACAAACGUAAAUUAUUGAUGCAAAUUAAAGUUGGAUUUACCGUUUGAUUAAAGAUUGCGGAUAAAGAGGGUGAA